AUGCCAGCCAAGAAAUUCCAUUGAAAAGCUAAUAAUAGAAGAGCACAGCCGCAGAGUGAACGUAAAAUUUUGUUAAAUCAAAUGUUUCUAACAGCUAAAUGGAGUACUAUGUCGUUCUUGAUGAUAUCAUAUGUGACCGGGUUAGGCUUCAUCAUCACGCCAGCUUUAAGAUUACUCAAGGGAGGUGAGCGCGUGCUGCCUUUGAAGACAUAUAUACCAUAUUCCGUGUCAAAUCUACUUCCAUAUUUAGCUACGUAUCUGCAGCAAUUUUUGGUGGUAUUUUACGCAAUAAUGCUUAACGUUAAUUUCGAUUGUCUCGUUUAUGGUUUCACGAUUCAAGCCUGCGCACAAAUCGAUCUGAUGUGCUCCCGCUUGACAGACAGUUUGAAGAAUAUUGGCGAUAUUUCUUCCGGACGAAAGCCGGAAACAAACGCCUCAAUCAUGGAAUGUGUCAAACAUCAUUUGCUCGUGAGCAUUCUGAAGAAACUACUCAGCUUUGAGUUUCUUUCAAUGUUCCUGUAUCUGAGUGGUAUGCUGCUUCAACUGUUUUAUUACUGCUGGUACGGAAAUGAGCUUGAAUUGAAGAGUAAAGACAUUGCGACCACUGUUUAUUCCUGCGACUGGACCAUGGCGACGCCGCGAGAACGCAGAUCACUGAUGCUGAUCAUGAUAAGUAGUCAAAAAGGAAUAAUGUUUUCCUAUCACGGAAUAUUUGCAUUAUCUCUUAAUACUUUUGCUUGGAUUUGCAGGACUUCUUACUCAGCGUACAAUCUCUUGCAACGAGCUUCAAAUUAA